AUGAUAAUACAGCAUGCUGAGUUGCCAGAGGUGACCAACGAGCUAUCGGUAUCAUUACGACUGAAUAUUCUGCAUCGUAAUUCAGUAUGGGCUUGUAUUUUUCAUAAAGGCGAAUUAAACAAAGUUCGUACACCCACACUCUGGUUGACACCAAAAAAUUCAGCACCGCACGCACAAUUCUCGACGACUGAUUGUAUAAGUGCAGGGAUCGAUUCAGUUGGCAGCGGGCUUUCUCUGAACCGCUGGUAUCAUCUAGUCUACACUCUCUCUGAACCGGAGAAACAAUUAGAUUUUUACAUAGAUGGAAAAUGUCCGAAUAUUCCUACAGGUGAUAAUCCGGGAGGUCCGAAUAAUUCUGGAGGUGGGGUUAAUCCGGAAGGUUGGGUUGGCCUGUGGUUAAUCCGGGAAGUCCGAAUGAUCCUUGUGGUCCAUGUAAUUGUUGUCAACACCAACCCGGACGA